GGUGGGAAAGCCAGCUUAAGGCCUCAUUCUAUGUUUUCAUGUAUUCAAACAACUCAUAUACAACGGCUUCUAGGUUUUUUUCCUGUUUGCUCGACACGAAUGCUUGGUUCAAGAACCGUAGUCUUUGCGUUCGCAUUCUCCUGCUGCAGGCUCUUGCUUCCCGACUCUGCAUGCAUCCGAAUAAGGCUAUUGCUUGGAAUUGGGUCUGCGUUCUUUUUCCUCAGCCCCAAGGCUGAAGUGAUGAAGAUGGGUUGCUGCAUAUUUGGCCCCUUUUGCCUGAAUGCCGUGGAUCUUCGCACCAAGAGCAUCGAGAUGAUGACUUUCGACAGAUAUAAAGGAGUCUCGAAAACCUGCCAAAGCCUGUGUGCACCAACCUGCUACUACACGACUCCCCAGCAAGAUCCCAGCGUUUAGAAUCAUUCUCAAGACCUUUUCCUGUAACUCCAAGAUGCCAUCGUUCUUUCGUUCUCUGGCUCUCCAUGCUCUCUUGGCUGGCGCUCUGGUGGCCCAGGUCACCAAUGCCUAUCCCCAACCUGCUCUCGUUCGUUCAGAAGAUGCAACCGUUCCUCCUCGUGACACCAUCACCACCGAACCAGCCUCAAUGCUGCCUUCCUUUGGUGAGGCUGAUGGUGAGCUGCACAAGCGGUCGAAACCUUUGAAAAUCGCCCAAGAACCGAGUAAAAGCUACAGCUGCCCUGCGACCAAUAAGUAUGGAGGGACCACUUACACCUCUGGACAGCUCAAAGUUGCUUUUAUCAGGGCAGCCCAAUACGCCAACGAUGGCCAACAGAUUGGAGACAGAAACUAUCCGCAUACCUUUGGCAAUGGCGAAAAUCUUCCCUUCCCCUGCGGCAAGAGCACCAUGGAAUUCCCCUUGGAUCGAGACAAUCCGGGCACUGUAUACAGCGGUCAGAGUGUGAAGACCUUGCCAGACCGUCUUGUCUUCGAAUUCAAGGAUGGCAAAAAGGAGGGAAAGGCAAAGUUCUGUGGGGUGAUGCGCCAUGGAAACAACGGUGAUUUUGUCGACUGCCCAUAAAUCUUAUCAGUCUUACCUGGAAGAGACAUAUUUAUCUGUAUUGGCCUAAUUGAUUUCUGAUUCAUUGCUUUU